AUGGAGUUAAACAAGAGACGGGUUCCCUUGGAUAAGCGGAAACGAACGGAGAUCAGCUGUGACAAGUGUAAAUCAAGGAAGCAAAAAUGCAACAGAGUUUUGGGUGAACCGCAGUGUCGUUAUUGUCAAACACAUGGAAUCUUGUGCAGCACCACAAAGCCUCGCAAGCAACGACUAUACGGCAGCGAUGAGACCCUCCGAAACAGACUCACUCUUCUGGAAUCUCUAGUCAAGGGCCUUGUCCCAGAUGCCAAUUUGUCCAGCAACGAUGAAAUGGUGAAGUUGGGCAAAUCGCUAGGGAUACCGCUCCCUAUUGGUGAGACCGCUCCUGACGCGGAAACAAAGCAUGCGACUUCCGUUGCACAAGAGGACGAAUAUUCCCUUUCCUUGUUUCCGGAUCAACAGGGCCAAAUUCAAUACAUUGGCCCGUCGAGCUCUUUUGAAUUCCAUCGCAAGCUGCGCAUGCUGUUAGGCAGCUAUGUAAACUUCGAGUUUACCAUGUUCGGCCGCAAUGCGGCAGACCAGUCCACUAUAUCCGAGACGUCAGCCAUCUGUCAAACGGGCAGUGGGAAAGAUCGACGAGGAAAUGGAGAAUUGGGCAACGUACUAAACGAUUGCAGCUCACUCUCAAACCUUGUAAGGAAGCAUGAUGGACCAGUUUUGGAUGCGCUGGUAGACGCCUACUUUGAUAUCAUCCACUCUGAUUUCCCAGUGCUGCACGAAGCUUCAUUUCGAGAGGCAUAUGAAAUUUGGUCAGCAACAGGUUCCACCACAGAUCCCGCUUGGCUUUGCGGCUUAUUGUGUGCCCUCAUUUUGUCUCGGCGUGUUGUUGCUAUCGUAGUGCCGGGAGAUGUAGAGAUGAGGUGGUGGCGAUAUGUACAAGCACUGCUUCCUGCCGUGUUAUUUACAACAAAUCUUUCUACUAUUCAGGCCCUCAUGCUAUCUGCUUUACAUCUACACAAUACAAAUCAUCGAGAUGCCUGUUGGAACCUUACCGGAAUAGCAGUUCGUGUCGCCUUUGCCGUUGGUCUUCAUCGGGACGAGAUUAAGCACCUGCAAGGCCCUCUUCGAAGGGAGCUUGGGAAGCAGCUUUGGUGGACUCUAUAUACCUUUGAGCAAAUGCAAGUCUCGUCUUACGAUCGGCCCAGCGCCAUUGGGGAUGUUGCCAUAUCUACGAGCCAUCCCAAUGAAAGAAUUAUAGGAUUUGCCGGACACUAUCCGCAAGACUUAAUGAAAUGGUCGCAACAGUUGGCCGUACUGUUAGCAUCAACAUGCAAGGCGUUGAACAGAGCAGGGACAGGAAUCAUGUCCGGUGAAGAAGCCUACAGCAAGCCCCUCUCCCCAGAAGCUGGCAUUUUACGGGACCUUAGUCGGUGGAAAGAAAGACUGCCACAGCACUUGCGCCUCGAGGUUGCUGAUUCGCUUGCACCAUCCUAUCAAAGACCGGUUCUUCUACUUCACGCGCAAUUUAAUUAUAUAGUUGUCCUGAUCUCCAAACCCGCACUAUGGCGUAGAGCGGUGCUCCUAUCCAGAGAUUAUAAGGAAACAUUUCCUCAGAAUUUACACACAGUAUCAGAAACAUGCGUUGACUCCGCGCGAACCUUGGGCCGGCUGAUGCGAAAGUUGGAAGCCUUCAGCCAGUUUAACGCCUUGACCUGGUGGGAUAUUUUCUAUACGUUGAUAAGUUCAAUGGUCCUGGUUUUAGACAUUCUCUACAGUGUCAAGAAACAUGGAUCUCGCUCUUCUCCCGAUUCGCAAAUUCUCCUUCGAGAAUUGGCGGAACUUGUAACCAGACAACUCCAGAACCCAAGGAUGCCUGGCACCAUGCGGACGUGGGCUAUAGUUGUGACCGACCUUAGCUCGAUAACGGAUAAGUUUGGAUCUAUAACUCAAUCUUGUAUUGGCUCGAGUGAGGGUUCUGGGAAUUGGCAUCAAUCUGACGCAGGCAGUCCAUACACAUUUCCGAAAAACCCAAUAGGAACUAGUCCAAUUGAGCCCAUCACUUCCGAUGAUUUCAACCUUACAUUUUCCCCAGUUGCUUCCAGAUUGAACAACAAGAUGUGGUCAAGUGAAUAA